UUUUAAGCCACUUCCGGUGGGGAGGACUCUUAUUUUGGAAGUGACCACAAAUCGUCCACAUCUUUGUCUCCGUCGCUCCUCUCCUUAUGAGCCGGCGGCCGUCGGGCAGCUGCAGUGCAGAAUAAAGAAGACUUGUUUUACCGUCGGGUGUGUGACGUCUCGGUAUGGCUUGACCAUCUUUUCGCGCCGACGGACCGCUUGCUUCAAGCCGCAGCGAGAAGAAUCCUAAAAAGGCGAGAUGUUCCGAGCUCCCUGCAGCAGCACACGAACAACACCGCCGCCGAUACUGGUCCGGGGACACCGCGAUGCUGUUCAAACGGAGAGCCAGGAUGUUGCGAUGGCUGGUGUGUGGUCGUGUGGGUCCUGUGUGGAUGUGGAAGGCGUUGUUCGUCUUCGGUGCCAUCGCCUUCGCUGGCCAACUGCUGGGAAUCAUCUUCAGCAAGAGCAACGUCCAGCCGGUCGCCAGGUCCAUCUUCUCGUCCCCUGAUGCCCAGGGUCCUUCCCUGGGCUCCUGCGGUGCCCACACUCACAUCAUGUUCCUGAAGACUCACAAGACCGCCAGCAGCACCGUGCUCAACCUGCUCUAUCGCUUUGGGGAGGAGCGCCGCCUCCGCUUCGCUCUUCCGCUAGGCUACCAGCUGGGUUACCCCCUGCCCUUCAACGCUCACAGGGUCAAAGGUUACCGAUGGCCCGGCGCCGUGGAGUUCCACAUCAUGGCCAAUCACAUGAGGUUUAAUAAACCGGAGGUGGAAAAGGUCAUGCCUGCAGAUACCUUCUACUUCUCCAUCAUUCGGGAUCCCGUCGCCAUGGCGGAAUCGUCCUUCGCUUACUACAAAGAAGUCGCUCCUGCAUUCCGGAGAGCCAAAACCUUGGGCGAUUUUGCUGACGAUCCUUGGAAAUACUAUGACCCGCGUGCCCGGAACAACCACUACGCCCGCAACUUGCUGUGGUUCGACUUCGGGAUGGACCACAACGCAAAUUUUUCUGUUGGCUUGGCACGUCGCGGUGAAGCAUUAAUCCGCCACAACUUCAAGCUCGUCCUGAUGUCGGAAUAUUUUGACCAGUCCAUGAUCCUCCUCAGACACGCCCUCUGCUGGCCACUGGACGCCGUCGUCUCAUUUAGCCUUAACGCUAGGCAGCAGAAGCCUGGUGUCGGCGUCGGGAUUAGUGAAACCUGGGUUGGGAAAAUCAGAGGCGCUGGCGGACAAGGCGGCGGUCGCGGACAUUCCCAAAGCAAUCCGGUUCUAACGGAGGAUCAGCGGGUCAAGCUUCGCCAAUGGAAUGCCUUAGACUGGUUUUUAUAUGACGCCUUUAACCGAACCUUCUGGGAGGACGUGGACAAGUUUGGUAAGGCACGCAUGGAACAGGAAGUGGGUCUCCUCCAGAUGCGGCGAGAAGCGCUCGCACAAGUAUGCCUCAGGGACGGAGGUAAGCCCGUGGAGGCUCACCGCAUCCGGGAUAAAACAAUACGACCGUUCCAGAGUGGAUUAGUGAAAAUUCUGGGCUACGAGCUGCAACCGGGUCUGAACAACGCCACAAGAAUGGCGUGUCUGAGGAUGAUCCGACCCGAGAUCCAGUACAAGGACGUGCUGGACGCCAAACAGUUCCCGCGAACUCAAGGACAGCAGAUGCAAGCUCCGAGAUUUGUAAUGAAACCAGACUCCUCCAGGGUGUCUGUGGGGAGAACAAUGGGCGAUGAGGUGGCGUGGGAAUGGGACAGGAGUCGGUUAACAGACCACCAAAACCAGACAGAUUCUGGACCGGUGAAGGCUAAAAGACGAAAGUUUGAACCGGUUUGAGCCAGAACAAAACCCUAUUUUGCACUACCACAUCGUAAGUGUUCACCCAGCAUCAUUGUUGUCCUUUUGGGAUGCUAACAAGAUGGGAUGUCAGUAAUAUUACUGAAUAGAGAUGUCCGAUAAUCUCGGACUGCCAAUAUUAUCGGCCGAUAACUGCUUUUGAAAUGUAAUAUCGGAAAUUAUCGGUUUCAAAAUGUUAAGUUUAUGACUAUUUAAAACGCCGCUGUACGGUGUGGUACACGGACAUAGGGAGAAGUACAGAGCGCCAAUAAACCUUAAAGGCACUGCCUUUAUGUGCCGGCCCAAUCACAUAAUAUCUACGGUUUUUCACACACAAGUGAAUGCAAAUCAUACUUGGUCAACAGACAUACAUGUCACACUGAGGGUGGCCCUAUAAACAACUUUAACACUGUUACAAAUAUGCGCCAAACUCUGAACCCACACCAAACAAGAAUGACAAAGACAUUUCGGGAGAACAUCCGCUCCAGUACACAACAUAAACACAACAGAACAAAUACCCAGAACCCCUUGCAGCACUAACUUCCGGUACGCUACACCCCCCACCUCAACCUCCUCAUGCUUUCUCAGGGAGAGCAUGUCCCAAAUUCCAAGCUGCUGUUUUGAGACAUGUUAAAAAAAUAUUGCACUUUGCGAUUUCAUUUUUUUCCAUAACUUGAAAUGAUUUAUUUUGGAAAAUUGUGUUACAUUGUUUAAUGCAUCUAGGGGGGCAUCACAACAAAAUUGAGCAUGAAAAUGUGUUAAUUCCAUGACUGUAUAUAUCGGUAUCGAUUUAUAUCGGAAUCAGUAAUUAAGAGUUGGACAAUAUCGGAUAUCGGCAAAAAAGCCAUUAUCGGACAUCUCAAUACUGAACGUUAUUAUUGUUAUUGCACACUACUGGUAUUAUUUGACGUCCUAAGCCUUUACAUCAAGUACAUUAUUACAGCAGAGCCUCCACAAAGUCGCACAAUUAAGAAAUUAGUACUCGCAGUAUUCUGAGAAAAAAAGUUGUAAUAUAACAAAAAAGUCAAAGUGUCACGAGAAAAAAGUCGUAAUGUUAUGAGGAAAAAGUUACAAAGAAUUGAAAGAAUAUAACAUGCGACACGGUGAAACUCGUAAAGUUUCGAGACGCACGGUUGCAAAGUUAUGAGAUUAUAUCAGAAUGUCAAGAAAAUUAAAAGUUGCAACAUUGCAAGAAUUAAGUCUUAAUGUUACAAACAUCUUUCAAACAUACUAAAAAUGAUCAGGACUUAUGCAGAUUCCAAAUAGAGAUCAGCAGAAGGUAAGAAAAGUUGCUUUUGCAUAUUGUUGCGAAACAAAAUGCCAGAUAAUGUCUUACCUUAUACACACACCAUAAUAAUACUUGUAUUUUUAAUGCGCCGACAAUCCAUCGAGCGGUACGGUUUCAUCACUUACCAAAGACGUACUAAAACAUUUUGGUAGAUUUUUAACGGCGUGUGUAAUGUUCUAUAUUUUCAAUGGAACAUAUAAUUGGCAACACUAAAUUGGCCCUAGCGUGUGAAUGUGAGUGUGAAUGUUGUCUGUCUGUGUUGGGCCUGCGAUGAUGUGGCGACUUGUCCAGGCUGUACCCGGCCAUCCGCCCGAAUGCAGCUGAGAUAGGGUCCAGCACCCCCCGUGACCCCGAACGGAACAAGCGGUAGAAAAUGGAUGGAUGGAUGGCAUAUAAAAUGUUGGUGUUGUUAUUGCAGUCUACACAUAUUUCUUAUGUGUGACUGCCAUCUACUGGUCACACUUAUUAUUACACCAUGUACCAAAAAAAAUUGCUUCGAAAGCCAGAAUUAUUCCGUACAUUAAGCGCACCGGGUUAUAAGGCGCGCUGUCUAGUUUUGAAAAGAAGAAAAAAAGAUUUUAAGUGCGCCUUAUAGUCCGGAAAAUACGGUACAUGUUCAGUUACACCCCAAAAAUACCAUUGUAUGUCACUAUGAAUACAUAUAGCAAUGUAAAAAACUAUUUAUAAUGUGAGAAUAAAGUUACAAAUUAAAAUAAAAUGAGAAAAAAAUAUAUAGACAUAAUCUACGAAAAAGUCAUAAAAUCACAACAUGGGGUUAAAAUAAUAAAGUUGUAAUAUUGCGAGUAAAGAGUUCCCAAGUUUGUAAAAUAAAGUGACGUUACUAUAACAAUAUUAUAAACAUAAUCUCAAUUAGUCGUGUUAUCCGAAUAAAGUCAGUAUUACAAAAAUAGCAAAUUGUAAAAUGAGAUUUAAUUGUAAACUUUUUCUCGAUACAUUACGACUUUAUACUCACUCUGUUGACCAGGUAAAAUAAUGGCGUUUUUUUUUUUUUAGUAUCGAUGUUAUUUUUACAGUGGGGCCCUGAAAUUUUUUUUUUUUUUCAUUUAUUUUUUCAUUUAUUGUAUAUGGAACUACAGAAAAGUUGCUUUGGAAAGAAAAAUGUGUGACGACGGCCGUACAACCAAGAUACCCGACAUCAAAGGUACGCUUUUUAUUUGUUUUUGAAAGUGCCUGUUGUGAUGUUUGUAUUUUUUAUGAACACUGCUUUAAAAUUUACAAAAACAAACAAUGCUAAAAUAAAAUGUAAUGCUGAUAUAGCAUUUUUUUUCCCCCCCGAGAACGCCAUAAAACUUGACCUCCAGUAAGUACGCACUGCAUUUGAGUAAUUAGGCUAUUUUACAUCUGAACAUUAUAUGAAAUAAAACAUAGAAGUCAUUUUAAAUUUCUUAACUAACUUGUACGAAUGCAAUGUAUUUAUUUGGUGCAAUUGCAAUGAUUUUAAAUUAUUACAACACAUAUUCCUGAUAGAGGAUUUGCUGCAUUUUUGCUAUGCUAAGCCAGUAAUUUACAGAUGCUGAAAACCCCAGAAGCAGUGAAGUUGGCUUAUUGUGUAUAUCGUAAAUUAAAACUGAAUACAAUGAUUUACGAAUCCUUUUCAACUUAUAUUCAAUUGAAUAGACUGCAAAGACAAGAUAUCUAAGGUUCGAACUAAGAAACAACAUUUUUUUGCAUCAGUCCAUCUUAUUAACAACACCCUUUCUGGGUGUUGUUGAUAAAUGGCUUUGGCUUUGCAUAGUAGAGUUUUAACUUGCACUUACUGAUGUAGCGACCAACUUUAGUUACUGAGAGUGGUUUUCUGAAGUGUUCAUAAACCCAUGUGGUGAUAUCCUUUUCACAAUGGUGUUGCUUUUUCAUGGAAAGGGAUCAAAGGUCACGCGCAUUCAAUGUUACGUGCAGUGAUUUCUCCGGAUUCUCUGAACCUUUCGAUGAUAAUACGAACCUUAGAUGGUGAAAUUCCUAAAUUCCUUGCAAUAGCUCGUUGAGAAAUUCCGUUCAACUGUUCGACAAUUUGUUCACAAAGUGGUGACCAUCGCCCCGUCCUUGUUUGUGUACGACUGAGCAUUUCAUGCAAGCUGCUUUUACACCCAAUCAUGGCACCCACCUGUUCCCAAUCAGCCUGUUCACCUGUGGGAUGUUCCAAAUAAGUGUUUGGUGGUACCUUCCUCAACUUUCUCAGUCUUUUUUGCCACUUGUGCCAGCUUUUUUGAAACAUGUUGCAGGCAUGACAUUCCAAAUGAGCUAAUAUAUGCGAAAACUAACAAAGUUUUCCAGUUCGAACAUUAAGUAUCUUGUCUUUGCAGUCUAUUUAAUUGAAUAUUGGUUGAAAAGGAAUUGCAAAUCGUUGUAUUCUGUUUUUAUUUACAAUUUACACAAGGUGGCAACUUCACUGGUUUUGGGUUUUGUAAAUGAUGAAAUGUACUGCCAACUAUAUGUGCGAGAUGGCAGCGUGUGGCUACGGAAGCACCAGGUUUUGGAGUCUUUCUAUGGUACGAUCCGUUCGUUAGCGGAAUGAAAACAGGCAAGCGGUGUGCAUAAUGUAGUAACUGAAGGCUCGACUUUGACUUCGAUUCCAACUCGUCUGUCGACCGUUUUUCAUUACCAUGAAGUGAGUGAGAGUGAAUCUCUAUGCACUUUUGACAUAAGGUAUGGCAGACAUAAACCUCCACCUAAGCUCAAUUACAAAUGAAGAGUAGUCAAUUUAUUGCAAAUAUUGAAUCUGAAAUUGAAGGGAAAUGUCAAUGUCAAACUCGUAGAAGGGUUUGGAAGAGGUAUGUCAAACGCCACACGUCACAAAUACCAAUUAAUUUUGAUAUAGAGUACAAGUCAAAAGUUUGGACACACCUUCUCAUUUCAAUGUGUUUUCUUUAUUUUCAUGACUAUUUACAUUGUAGAUUGUCACUGAAGUCAUCAAAACUACAAAAUGAAAAUAACUGAAAACAUGUUUUUAUAUUGUAGUUUCUUCAAAAUAGCCACCCUUUGGUCCGAUUGCUGCUUUGCACACUCUUGGCAUUCUCUCGAGGAGCUUCAAGCACACCUGUGAAUUUGAAAACCAUUUCAGGUGACUACCUCUUCAAGAUUCAAUUUUAUUUAUUGUCAAUUCUUUAACAUGCACAAGACACAUAAGAACUGAAAUUGACAUUUUCGACACAGUCCCACUAAGAGCAGACAUACGUUACAGGGAGACAAGACGGGACCGCCAACGGGUCAGCCAUUUUUACGGCGCUCCUUAAAGGGGAACAUUAUCACAAUUUCAGAAGGGUUAAAACCAAUAAAAAUCAGUUCCCAGUGGCUUAUUUUAUUUUUCAAAGUUUUUUUCAAAAUCUUACACGUCCCGGAAUAUCCCGAAAAAAGGCUUUAAAAGUGCCUGAUUUCCGCUAUCUGCAAAGCCACUGUCCAUUUUCCUGUGACGUCAUCCAGUGAUGCCAAUACAUACCACAGCGGAUACCACAGCAAGAUGUAGCGACAUUAGCUCGGAUUCAGACUCGGAUUUCAGCGGCUUAAGCGAUUCAACAGAUUACGCAUGUAUUGAAACGGAUGGUUGGAGUAUGGACGCCGAUAGUGAAAACAAAAUUGAAGAAGAAACUGAAGCUAUUGAGCGAAUAGCUAUUGACGCUAUUCGGCCACGUCUUCUUUAGCAUUGCCGGUAAAAUGUGCGGACCAACCGAUUGGGACUUUCGCAUUGACACUGGAGCAACUUAAAUCCGUCGAUUGGUAAGUGUUUGUUUGGCUUUAAAUGUGGGUGGAAGAAAACGCUGGAUGCAAAUACAACUACAAAUGUACAUACAGCUAGCCUAAAUAGCAUGUUAGCAUCGAUUAGCUGGCAGUCAUGCCGCGACCAAAUAUAUCUGAUUAGCACAUAAGUCAAUAACAUCAACAAAACUCACCUUUGUGAUUUUGUUGACUUUAUCGUUGGAAACGGAUCUGCAGGUUAUCCAUACAUCUCUGUGCCAUGUCUGUCGUAGCAUUGCCGGUAAAAUGUGCGGACCAAACGAGGGACUUUCGCAUCUCUUGACACUGGAGCAUCCGUCGAUUGGUAAGUGUUUGUUUGGCAUUAAAUGUGGACGGAGGGAAAGGCUGGAUGCAAAUAUAGCUACAAAUGAGGCAUAACGAUGCAAUAUGUACAUACAGCUAGCCUAAAUAGUAUGUUAGCAUUGAUUAGCAUGCCGUGCUAAUUGAUGCACAUUCUACGUAAAUCAAUUUGAAUCCGUCCCUGAUCGUGUUGUUACACCCUCCGACAACACACCGACAAGGCAUGAUGUCUCCAAGGUACCGGAAAACAGUCGAAAAAACGGAAAAUAACAGCGCUGCGUUGUGUUUGAGAAAUGGCGUUGACUACCUAGGUGACGUCACGUUUUGACGUCAUGGCUCCGAGAGCAAAUAAUAGAAAGGCGUUUAAUUCGCCAAAAUUCACCCAUUUAGAGUUCGGAAGUCAGUUAAAAAAAUAUAUGGUCUUUUUUCUGCAACAUCAAGGUAUAUAUUGACGCUUACAUAGGUCUGGUGAUAAUGUUCCUCUUUUAAAAAAGGUGGAAAAAAGGUGAUAUUGGGAAAGGGGGGAAGAGUAAAAAAAAUUUCAGUCAAAGGACUGAGUCCAAGGGGGAAAAAACAAUUUUCCAUAGCACACAUAAACAUAUUACAUAUAGUCACAACAACUCGCAACAGAGGGCGGGGAAAGUUGGGGCCCUGGAGGCCGGCCUGCUGCUAUAAAGCGCUGUUCAGCUGUCCAUCAGUCCGAAGGGGAAUUAAGCGGUGGUGAAGGUGUUGGGUGGGGGUGGGUAGUGUGUUUGUAUAUACUGUAUGCCCAUAGUCUUUGGGUGAAGUGGUGUAUAUGAGCCCAGGGUCGUUCUGCAUGCAAUGCAAGCAACGUCGACUUCCGGGUGUCAUUUAGGAGGGAGAGAAGUCAAAAGCGUCCAUCUUUGAGAUUCUUCAGGGGAUGAUUACAGAACAGCCUGUUUUUGUCCUCAAGGCCAUUCAGGGGAGUCAAAUCGUAGAUAAGGAUUUUAGUCUUUUCUCAAGCAGGCAUUACAAUGGUUUGCCUGUUCUAUUUGUCCAUGUGGUUGCUCUCAUAUCCAAUCUUUUCUUCUCAAGCUUCUCAAUGAUGUGAUCCAUCUUGCGAUUCAGUUCAUAAGUCGCCCCAGACUAUGAUCCCACAGCCCGACCUAAUCCGUCCAUUGCGACGAACAGCCUUUGGGCUCCUUGAGUAGCUGCCAUUGUCUUACGAAUUUUACGAAACACCAGAGCAAUGCCCAGCCCAAUCAGCAGGUGCCCCGCGAUCAUGCUUCCAAAUAGGUAGAUGGCUUCCACGUUCUCGAUGGAAAGGACUUAGAGGCACAUUAUUCUCCGUUUGUCCCAGGAAUCUCUCACGUACCCCGCAGCGAUGGUUCCAUCAGGGCAGCCAGGCUCCCCAGAACCUCUUUUUUCCUUGUCGAAAAAGAUUUUGUCAAUAGAGUCAAGAGUCCAGCUAAUCAAUUCCAUGUCUGAUGUUUAGAGUUGGAGGACUGCGCAAAGAAAGAAGUUUCAAAUACGUUUAGACAAGACAAGACAAAAGAAAGCAAGCAAGGAAAAGAUGGGAGGAGAAAAAAUAUGCCACCGCCCUCACCAGAGGCAAGACAGAAAGCUCUUAGAGAGAAUUCUAAGAGUGUGCGAAAAAGUCAUCGUAGCAAAGGCUGGCUAUUUUGAAGAAAUUGAUUGAUUGAGACUUUUAUUAGUAGAUUGCACAGUUCAGUGCAUCCAUCCAUCCAUCCAUCCAUUUUCUACCACUUAUUCCCUUUCGGGGUCGUGGGGGGCGCUGGCGCCUAUCUCAGCUACAAUCGGGCGGAAGGCAGGGUACACCCUGGACAAGUCGCCACCUCAUCGCAGGGCCAACACAGAUAGACAGACAACAUUCACACUCACAUUCACACACUAGGGCCAAUUUAGUGUUGCUAAUCAACCUAUCCCCAGGUGCAUGUCUUUGGAAGUGGGAGGAAGCCGGAGUACCCGGAGGGAACCCACGCAUUCACGGGGAGAACAUGCAAACUCCACACAGAAAGAUCCCGAGCCUGGAUUUGAACCCAGGACUGCAGGAACUUCGUAUUGUGAGGCAGACGCACUAACCCCUCUUCCACCGUGUUCAGUACAUAUUCCGUACAAUUGAGCACUAAAUGGUAACACCCGAAUAAGUUUUUCAACUUGUUUAAGUUGUCCAUGUUUUGACAAUGAGAAUGUGUGUCCAAAGUUGUGGCCUGUACUGUAAAUCAUUGUAAGUUGAUAUUUGUGUGUUUUAAAUACAGUGGGGCAAAAAAGUAUUUAGUCAGCCACCGAUUGUGCAAGUUCUCCCACUUAAAAUGAUGACAGAGGUCUGUAAUUUUCAUCAUAGGUACACUUCAACUGUGAGAGACAGAAUGUGGAAAAAAAAUCC